AUGCCUCCUGUCCGGUUGGGUUUCAUUGGACUGUCCGCUGACGGAGGGCAUCAAUAUUCCAGACAAUGGGCCGCCAUAUCACAUCUCCCACAUAUUAAGCAGAGAUCUGACUUGUUGCGGAUCACUGCGCUGCAGAACAGCAGCAAAGCAUCGGCGGAGAAGGCCGUAGCAAAGUACCAGCUGGGCGAGGAUGUCGCGUGCUAUGGUGACGACCCGGAAUCACUGGCCCGCCACCCGAACGUCGACAUGGUGGUCGUGUCGGUCAAGGUGCCGGAGCAUUACCGGCUCAUCAAGCCGGCGCUGGAUGCCAAGAAGGACCUCUUUGUCGAGUGGCCGCUGGCGGCGAAUGUGAAGGAGGCCGAAGAGCUCACCAACCUAGCGGCAUCUCAGGGGGUGAGGAAUGUCGUGGGUUUACAGGCGCGCAAGAACCCGAGUAUCCGCAAGGCCCGCGAGAUGGUGGCCAACGGCGAGCUGGGCGAGAUUCUGGGAACCACCAUGAUGGGCUCAGGCAUGGUGCUGGGCGCGACCGAGGCCCCCGUGUACGAAUACAUGCACCGGAUCGAGCACGGGGCAAACCUGAUGACCAUCCCCGCGGGCCACGCCAUGGACGCCCUCUGCUACGUGCUCGGGGAGAUGUCGUCGCUGCAAGCCAAGUUGGCGACGCGCCGACCGACCAUGGACAUUGUGGACCGCGCAUCGGGCAAGGUCUUGCGCACUGUCAACAAGACGUCGCAUGACUGGAUGUCGGUGACGGGGACGCUCGCGCGCGGAGGCGGCGUGGCCACCAUCGUGUACCAAGGGGGCACCUCGGACACGGGCAAGGAUUUCUACUGGGAGAUCAACGGCACCAAGGGAAGUCUCGUGCUCGAGGGCCCCAACGGCCAUAUCCAGAUGUUCCAUCCGACCAUCAAAUUCGUCAAAGCGGGUGCGAAAGCGGGACAGCUGAAGGAGAUGGACGUGGAGCCGGCCAAGGACUUUGCGUACAAUGUCGGAAAGGUCUGGGAUGCGUUCAUGGGCGGCGAGGAUGGCGAAUUUGUGACCUUUGAAGACGCAUUGCUCAGGCACAGGAUGAUUGAGGCCAUCUACCGCAGCAAUGAAAAGGGGACCCGCGAGUCGUAUCUCUGA